UCAACGGCAUCACUAUCAACAACAAUAACUUCUCUUCAUCUAGAUUGGACCGAUUUUUCAUCCACAGCAAUAGAUGCAUUAUUACAUAUGAUACCUCACCUUACCCAUGCCUUUUUUGGUGCAAAUCACAACCGACUACCUAACGCAAAUACAAUGGCUCUCAAAGCUUUGAAAAACAACUGUCGUCAUAUUCAUUCUCUGAAAGUCGCGCUCCAACAGAUACACCCCACCAUGAUCUCUCGACUUAUUACGUAUUAUGGCGAUCAGUUGAUCCGAUUGGAUAUCCGAUGUGAAGAUGUUACCACUUUGAAAGCCGUAGCUCAACAUGCAAAAAGAAUUCGACAAUUAAAUACAGGGGAUACCAACAGAAAUGCCAUACAACGGAUUGUACAACACUGUGGACGAUUGACAUUUAUGGAGAUGAUUAGUUGGGGUAUCCAAGAUAUUCCUACAGUGAUCCUUGAAGUUAUG